ACUGUGUUACUGCGUCAGGUGAGAGUAGCCUCACUAUGUACCGAUUGCCUGACCGUCUAAGAAUAAUAUCGAAGUUAUUUCACAACGUUUGGAUGCACUCAUGUAAAUUCCAAAGCAGUGAGGCAUAUCUGCAAUAUUUAUGCUAUCUAUCGCUAAGUUCCAUCUCUCAUCCCACUGAAUCUUUGUAGGUCAGAGAGUGUGGUGGAGAAUAAGUAACUAGAGGGGAACCUUUGCCUUUUCACAGCUCAGUUUUAAUUGAUAUUUCAUUGAAACGUGACUCCAAAUUAUUUCAACGUGUCCAAAUUAUCCAUGGCAGACUGGCCACAGAUAUUUUGAGUGUUUCUUUUGAAUAUCGAAAAUAUUUAAAAGAAAUAUUUUUCUUUUGAAUAGAAAAGAAUGAGAAAAGAAAAGAAAAUACAGCGUGGGAUACUGAUACACAAAUGGUACAAAAAACCAUUUGGUGCUUUAAGUAUACCAUGCUCCAUAUAUGACCUUGUUUGCUAUCUUGUAACGCUAAUACGAAUGAUAGUUGCUCUGUUUUGUGACAAAGAUCGGGUUUUAUUGUGUCUGCAAAAGUUCUUGUCAUGUACAUCAAACUAAGCAAAGAUGAGCUUUGAUGUGUCUGACUGAAGCAGACACUCUUUGUGAUUUUCAUCAGAAGGAUCCUGUGAGGUUUUCAGCUUUGCUCUCUCCAUGUUUGCCUUCUUUAAGACCUAAAGUGACUCUAUGGGUGGCUGUGAUGAUGAGAUCAUGUUCUCCUGGUAGCCAAUCAGCACAGCCUUGUCUCUGUGGAGUUCAGUGAGCAUCAAGGUGCUUUGCAUUCAACACGUCCAUUUCAGCAGGAUGACACCUUCAGGCUCUGUUUUCUGUCUCGUGGUCGUCCUCUUAUGGAGAAAAGUUGAGCUGAAUUAUUUGAGAAAAUCAUAUAUUCAUCAAGAGAGGAGCUUCGUGUCAGCUGAAGUUGGCAGCAGCGUGACUCUGCAAUGUUCUUAUGGAACUGAAGCUGCGAGGUAUUACUGGUACAAGCAAUCUCUGGGACAGAAGCUGCAGAUAAUCUCUAUCAGUUAUAAAUUUGCUGAAAGUGGCACUUUUCAUGACGAGUUCAAGGACAACCCACGCUUCAGCGUGGAAAACAUCGAUGGGAAAAGUCAGUUAAGUAUUUCUGACUUAAAACCAUCAGACACAGGAACUUACUUUUGUGCAAGUGGCAUUUCAUUUGUGUUUGAGUUUGGGGAGGGUGCUACGGUCAGUGUGAAGAAUCCGGUUCUGGAAAACACAGCUUGGGUCCGUCAGUCGGAAUCUGGAGCCGUCCAGACGGGAAGCUCUGUGACUCUGAACUGUACAGUCCAAACUGGGAGCUGUGGUGGAGAACACAGUGUUUACUGGUUCAGACACUCUGGAGAAUCUCAUCCAGGACUCAUUUACACCCACCGAGGAAACAGCAAUGAGUGUGAGAAAAGUCAGAACACACAAACACACACCUGCAUGUACGAUCUGCCUAUAAAGAACCUGAGUAAGUCUCACGCUGGGACUUAUUACUGUGCUGUUGCUUCAUGUGGACAAGUUUUGUUUGGAAACGGGACGAAGCUGGACUUGGAAAGUGAGGCCGUCUCUUUGUCCUUGGUUUAUUUCUUAAGUGCAGCUUUGAUUUUCACCGUCAUCCUGAGUGUGUUACUGGCCUUCACACUGCACAAGAUGCACAAGAGAAACUGCUGCCAAACUUCAGAGUUUAAUGGAAGACUUUUAUGUCAACCAGCAACAAGCACAGAGGUUCACCAAGAUGCAGGCGACCUCCAUUACGCUGCUGUAAAUGCCAACCAGCUCAGCAGAUCAAGGAGACACAGGAAGAGCUCAGAGUGUGUGUACUCAGCUAUGACGCAGUAGACUGGAGACGGUUCAGUUCACUCUCCUAAAGCUGCCUGGAGAACUGAAGCACAGCUUUCUGACUGUUUCAGGGUCAACGACUGGAGAAUAUUUUUGUGUUUUUUUUUUUUUUUUUUAACAUUUCACAGAAUAAACUUAUUUAAAUUAUUAAACUUAUUAAAAUGGUUAAAUUGUGUGUGUUUGGUCCCUUAGAUGCCAGUUUUUACAGUGCGUACAUUAUGAUAAUUUGCUUAGUCGCCAACUUUGAAUUCAGGGUAAUGUUAUUCACACAAAAAUAUGGUAUUAUUCCUGAAGGAAAAUUAAAUGUUUUAGUAAUUUAAUUUCUUCAAAGAGUUCUUAUAGAUGAUGAUGACUGUUGGCAAGAAAGAGCUCCUGUAAAACCUGUGUUGCAGCAAAUCUGAAGAAGCCUCAGUCUGUGGACAUUCUCUUACUGGAGUCUUGUGUAGAGGAUUGUCAGCGUUGUUCAUUAUUCUUUUCAUUUUAUGAAGCAUCGUUUUUGUAGAAUCAGAACAGGACAGACUCAGGCUUCUUUGUUCAGCUUUUUAAAAUCUCUGUCUCUGACAGGGGCCACCAGAUAACAAUGGAUUAAAACAGAUCUAGAAAAGAUAUGCAGCAUCUUGCUGCAAACACUAAAGGACCAAAGUUUU